AUGUGCUUCUAUCUCUUGAAAGAGAAGUACGCCGACAACACUGCAGCAGUGGUGACUGCAUGUUGUUUUAGGUCCAGGGAGGCAUAUGAUGAUUACCUAGGAAGUACAACCAAGUCGACCCUCGACCAAAUCUGCAAAACGAAAGAUCUUCUCCGCGAACCUGCGCGAGAACAGCACUUGAAUCCCGUUGCUGGCUUUCCGUUGCGGUCAACAGAUCCCCAUUCAGGCUCAGCUAGUCACGCAGCAUUGGCCAAAAUUGAGUAUGCUUCGGCAAUGCGCUCAAAAGGUAUCGAAUUUUGGAAACACGUAGCUAAAGAAGUGGAAGAGAAUGAAAAAGAGGGGACAUAUACUUAUUGGUUCCUAGCCGACCCCGAAGAUGAAAAUACGCUUUAUAGUCUUGAAAGAUACAGAGACGAGGGAUAUUUAUGGGACGUACAUGUGCCUAGUAGGGCUAUCCAAGACAACAUCAAGAACCAGAAGCAUAUCAGGACAGGUCUGGUACUCAGAGGGUUUGAGAGUGUGGAGUAA